AUGGUCAAGUCACUCUUUACCAGCUCGCUCGUGGCGAUGGCCUGGGGCGCAGGCGCAGGCGUCGCCCAGCAAUCGUCAAGCGCCUUCACGGACCCAAGCACGGGCAUCACAUUCCAGUCCUUCUCCAGCGAUGGCUGCAGCUUCAGCAUCGCCCUGCCGGAGGCGUCGUCCAGCAGCGCGGACUUCAUCGGCCGGAUAUCGGGCAGCGUCAAGCAGGGUGGGCCGGGCACCACCGGCGACGGGGUCACCCGGUUCAUCCAGGGGACGUGCAACUCGCCGGCGGCGGGCGGCGUGCGGCUCAAGGUCUACCUCACGCACGGGCUGACGUCGUCGGGCGACUUGGGCAUCACGGCGGCCGGGGCGACGCGGUUCGAGCGGGCGCCGUCGAUGAACACGGACGGCGACCGGGCGGCCGUGGAGGCCUUCAUGGACCGGCUGCUGGGCAUGACGCGCGCGCCCGGUUCGACGCUCGCGCUCGCGGGCGCAGCCGCCACCGCGGCCAACGCGAUAGGGGCGUCGCUAGCCAGGGACUUCGUCUCCGGGUCGCACUUUGUGGGCACCGCGCGUCUAGAGCCCGACGACGGACGCAAGGGGAACGGGACGGCGGUGGUGGACGAGAACACGCGGGUGUACGGGACGGACAACCUCUUUGUCGUGGACGCGUCGAUCCACCCGGACGUGCCGACGGGCAACACGCAGGCCAUCGCCAUGGUGGUAGUCGAGAAGGCGGCCGAGAGGAUCCUCGCGCUGAGUCCGCGCGGCGCCGGCUGCAGGAGGAUGCAGGUUCGGCGUCGCGAGUACGUGCCCCGGCAGUACUGGGCCCGAGCGGCGGCCGUGUCCUCGCCAUCUGCUGGAUCAAAAAGGGAGGCCGCACCAACUUCAAAUGCCGAGCAUCCAAGCCACCUGUUUGCUAGUGUGUUCUCUCGACGGUCCAGACAGCUGGCGCUCUGCUCAGCCGCACGGGCUGAGAUGGGAGGCAGCCAGCGCAUGCCCCGUGUUGCCGCCCAAUCAAGCCACUCCACGCCAAUGCAGGUUGUGUUCUCGUUCCUGGCGGCAGCUUGCCUCCACACACACACACACGGCGGGGACCACUGGAACCCACAGCGCAGGGUUGAGGCGAUGGGGCCGCUCCAGCGACGGCACAGCUGCCGAAAUCGCGCCAACAUCAACAUCUCACCCUCCAAACUUUUGACUGCACCACGAACACCAGGCCUCAUCCUCGUCGUCCUCCUCGCCCUACUCGCACCCACCGCCCUCGCCGACGAGUUCAAAAAUGACUUCUCGCUUUACCCCAAGGCCGCCCAGGCGUGCCUCGACGCAGCCGCCGCGGGCAGCGGCUGCGCGGCCACGACGAACCAAGAGAUGAACAAGUGCCUCUGCGGCGGCACCGCCUUCGCCCUCUCAACCGCCUCGUGCGUCGGCACCCAGUCCCCGGGCGACCUGCAGGCCGUUUAUACCAUCAUGUCCACGUCCUGCUCCGACUCCAAGGUCAACAUGGCCGUGACCAAGGACCGGUUCCUCGCCACUGCCUCGGCCGCCCCUCCUGCCGCGACAACCACGUUCCCGCCCGUCACCUUCACCACCACCUUCACCACCAUGAUAAGCAACACGCCCACGACAGUCACCACGGUAAUAACGACGGCAGCGGCAGCGGCGCAGACGACCGGCCCAGCAUCACCGACCCCGACCCCGACACCGGCGACCGGCGACAACGGAAUGUCGAACAUGGCAAAGACGGGGAUAAUAGCUGGCGCCGCUGUGGCAGGAGUCGCUAUCAUGGCCUUAUUGAUCGUCUUCAUCCUGCGGCAUCGGCGCAAGCGAGCCGCCGCCGAGGAGGCGCAUCCCAUGCUCCCUGUCGGUCGCAUAGAUGGCGCAGGCGGCGGUGGUGGUGGUGGUGCGGUGGGUGGUCCAUUCAAGGACCAGCUCUCGCCCUCGCCGCACACGGCCACGCCCUCAACCGCGCACGGCUGGAAGACGGACGAGGCCAAGUGGGGGCAGCACCAGAUCACGCCCUCGCCCUCGCCGCUGUCCUUCCAUAGCCAACAUCAGCAGCCGGGGUGGGGAUACGACCCGACGUCUGGGGGAUACGGCCAGCAGGCGCCGCCCUACACGCCGCAGCAGGUGUUCGAGGCGCCGGGGCUGGAGCCGCAGAAGCCGGUCGAGAUGCCCGCGACGCCCGCCCCGAUACCGGACUGGGUGAGGCAGCACCAGCAGCCCCAGCACUUCAUGCACACUCCACACCAACCUCACGCAGCCGACCAGCUGCUGUUCCCCGACAACGCCCAGCGGCGACCGCAGAAUCGCCCGCCAGGCUCUCCUAGUGUGCAUUACAUCCCGCAUGGAAGUUGA